GACUCGUGAAAGUACAGUAUUCGAAGUUCUGCACGGUCUGCUUGAGUGCUGGGACUAUGGAACAUUUGUAGUUGUUUUGCGAGGUCGACUGCUGACGAGCACCAUAAUUUUUUCGAAGAGAUCCACGGCGUGAUCUUCAAACAGCUUCAGUACAUCCGACCUGUUAGCGUACGCUGGAGACGCCUCGCCCCCAUCACUGAUGAUCUUGACUAGAGAAGAUCCUUUAAGCGAAACUUUGCCAAAGAAGUAUCAAAAUUAGUACUGCGAUAUGUAUCCGACCUCAUAUAAUACGGACGCACUGUUUCCGCUUUCCGCUCGUAAUCUUCACCAUUUCCCUCCAUCUUGUUCGUAACUCUUCAUCGCAGGACUCGGUUUGGAUUCGCCCAGGUUAAUUCGUCUGUCAAUCAUCGUAACUCAUGUCUUCGGACUCUGGACCAACUCCGGAUGAAAUCAUCGCUACGCUGUCAGAAUGGCGUACAGUCGCAUGUAUCAUUAUUCCAGCCUUAGCUUCUCAAGAGAGCUGCAGUGUAUUUGGCAGCGGAAGUUCAGCGGGGUCACUGCGCUCUACGUUCUCAUUAGAUACGGCACAAUCAUUGAUCUGGGUCUUCAAGUCUUCGUAUUUUUUUGGUUGCCCUCUGCUGUUCACAGGUAGGCUUGACUCUAUCCAAGCGACUUUUGGUGUUUAUUGUAUUUGCAGCUGUGUCUCGACGGCUAUUGUGGCAUACGUCCUUGACGUUAUAUGUAUGUUUGCCGUUGCUGCAUUCAAUUGUCUACGUGUUUGGGCCAUAUGCCCAAACAGAUGGUUCCCAAUCACUCUUGUCUUUGCUCUGAGUAUGUUCACUCCUAUCAUGAACAUUUACCGAUAUUCUCGACCUCAGGCCUUUAGUCUGAUUUCAUCUGGACCAUUGGCUAGUUGCGUUGACGAGAGUCUUGGCCCAACAUAUCUAUGGUGUCAGUUUUCUUCUUUAAUUACCAGAGCUAUAUCUGUGGCAGCAGACAUAGCAGUUCUCACUUUCACUCUUUUGGAAACAAGGGCUAUAUUCAAGACAAGCCUUCAGCUUCAUACAGAUACUAAUGUUACUACUAUCCUGUUCAGAAAUGGAUCCUUGCAAUUCUUUGUCCUUCUGAUUUUAAAUGCUAUCACCAUGACUCUUGACAUCUUGUCAAUUGCAGCCACUGCUGGUGAUACAGUGACUACAUUCAUAUUUAUUAAUGAAGGGUUGGCCUCAGUAUUACUUUCCCGCUUUCUUUUGGAUCUUCGCUCUGUCUAUCUUGCAGAUGGAGAUGGCUCAGAUCCUACUGUAUCCAGUGUCCGCUUUGCUGCCUCAGUCAUUGGAAAUAUGGGUGCACCUCUAAAUGCAUCAUGGGCAGCAAGCAGUGUUUCUGAACCCAGUACAGAGAUAGAUGAGAGAGUUGAAUAUUCCAGCAAUCCUCUUGCUGUUGGAUUAUUUGAUUUUGAUCAGGGUUCUGGCUCAUCUGAUGAUCAACAGGCUGAUUCUAACAAGAAGAGUUCAUAUGCCUUGAAUCAAGGUGUAGAUAACAUGGAACUUCAAAACAUACCUUAGUGCAGUUCACUUUGUUGCCAUGCAUAUAUUCAUAGGUCAUGCACUCCUACUGU